UUUUUUUUUAAUUUCUUUUUCUGGGUUUGGAAUUAUUGAACUGGAAAAUAUUGACCUAACAGAAGAACUCCAUCUCUUACCAACUUUUUUCUCUCUGAAAAUUCAAAGACCAAAAUAGUAUUAGAAUCUAUACGACCUGUUUCUCGGUCCUCCCACCCACGCUUACACACACACACAUAUACAUAUAUAUAUAUAUAUUCUCUUAAAUUCUGAAAAAGAAAGAUAAAGGAAGGUCACCAACCAACGCUGUUAGGGCGGCAGAAAGCUCCUCAAAGCUAUUUCCAUGGCGGUUCAUUCUUAUAUUCUUCACUUGCUCUCUUCAGUUUAUAGCUUUGCGUAAGGGAGGGCGUCUUUUGCAAUGGAGGAUCCGGGGCAGCUUAAGCGUGCGAUGAUAGACGCCACGGCUGGGGCGAUUGCCGGAGGCAUUUCGCGGACUGUUACCUCUCCGCUUGAUGUUAUUAAAAUCAGAUUCCAGGUUCAACUGGAACCCACAACCUCCUGGGCUUUAGUCCGCAGAAACUUGUCUGGACCAUCAAAAUAUACUGGAAUGUUACAAGCAACGAAGGACAUUUUCAGAGAAGAAGGAUUACGGGGUUUCUGGCGUGGAAAUGUUCCAGCCUUGCUUAUGGUUAUGCCAUAUACUGCUAUACAAUUUACUGUGUUGCACAAAUUGAAGACAUUUGCGUCUGGUUCUUCUAAAGCAGAGGAUCACAUUAAUUUGAGUCCAUACCUUUCUUAUGUCAGUGGAGCGUUAGCAGGGUGUGCAGCUACUGUUGGGUCAUAUCCUUUCGAUCUUUUACGGACAAUAUUAGCUUCUCAAGGAGAACCUAAGGUGUAUCCCACCAUGAGAUCUGCAUUUCUGGAUAUAGUUAAUGCCCGUGGCAUCCGAGGUUUGUAUGCUGGAUUGUCACCAACACUGGUUGAGAUUGUUCCUUAUGCUGGUUUGCAAUUUGGCACCUACGACACAUUUAAGCGGUGGACAGCGGCCUGGAACCGGCAACAAUUAUCCAAGAUAAACUCAAUUGUUACAGAUGAUAGCAUUACAAGCUUUCAGCUCUUUCUCUGUGGAUUAGCAGCUGGGACAUGUGCCAAACUUGUCUGUCAUCCACUCGAUGUUGUCAAGAAAAGAUUCCAGAUCGAGGGAUUACAAAGGCACCCGCGAUAUGGGGCUCGAGUAGAGCAUCUUGCUUACAGAAACAUGUUUGAUGCCUUGCAAAGAAUCCUGAAGGCAGAAGGUUGGGCUGGUCUGUACAAGGGGAUAAUCCCAUCAACUGUCAAAGCUGCACCUGCUGGUGCAGUAACAUUUGUGGCUUAUGAAUUUGCAUCAGAUUGGUUGGAGUCAAUCUGGACGUAAAUCUAACUUCGUUUUCGUUUUCUUUUUCAUCCAUUUUUCAUUACCAUAUUCUUUUGUCCUUGGAGACCUUAGAAAGCCCUCUUAAUCAAUCGAAGGGCUAAACAAUUAUUUUUUGUUUGAUUUAGUAACUUACGACAGGCCAUUAUAUUUGUACUUGUAGGUAUGGCAAAAGUAAAGAAAGUCAAUACGUAGAGUUCGUAUUAAAUUUUUGUAGCUAAAUCUUAAAACUGUGAAUGGAUUUAAUAAUCAAAUAUUUAAGCUGGUUAACACAGCUUUAUUUCGUUCC